AUGCCGGUCGUGAUUGAUCUGCUCUCAUCAGACCCACCUGGUCAGGAGAAUCUGAGAGAGCGAACAAAGACGCUAGAUGCGGCAACUUCUUCACGCCCUCUCCACCCUCAGCUCCAUAUAGACCCGAUUUCGUCGGACUCAAUUGACUCGUCCUUGUUCGAUUUCGACAGCAUCAACAAGCCAGCCAAAAAACGACGAAUCAGCAGCGAUAAGCGCUCGCCUUUGCGCCGUAUAAGUUCAGCACUUGAGAACUCCUUUCCGGAUCCUUCGUUCAAUUGGUCCGACGAUGACUUCCUCCUCCCACCUUCCAACCCCGCCGCGGCAAGGAAACAGCGCGCGCAGAGCGUGCAAGAUUCAGACCCGAUUUUCACCUCCCCGGCACCUCAAUCUCACUCUAAGCCGGUGAAAUCUAUAUCCCGAAUAACGAUCCCCGAGUUUUCAGAUAUCACCACCGUCGAUGAUGACGACCAUUCGUGCGCUGGGCCGACGGCAAAUAUCUCAGCAGCGAAGUUUACGCAGGAGAGCAUAGAAGAAUUUAGCGAUCCAUUUUCGGUGCCGGGAUUUGCUGAUAUUGUCAGUGCUGGACAAACGGGGAAUUCUGGUGCCUCCUUCUCCAGCAAAACCGCCGCUUUGCUUUCCAGUCUUGAGGCCAAGCACAGGCCGGCUGGUCCUGGGAAUCGCAAGGCUGUUCUUGAUUCUAUGGGACUUCCGAACUUUUCUGAUGGCGUAGAGGAGCCUAUGGCGCCCAAGCGACCGGCUAGGAAACCCACCAAGAUGAGCACGGAAGAAAAGGAGGCUAAGGCUAAAACGCGGGCGGAGACGAAGGCGCAGAAAGAUCGAGAUCGCCAGCUUGAAAAGGAGAAAAAGCUGCAAGCGAAAGAACAAAAAGCCAAAGAGAAGCAGUUGGCUGCAGAUAUCGCGGAAGUUAAUAAGUUGAAAGUUGAUAAGAAGGAGUCCACGCCAGAGAUGAUCAUCGAUAUAGCAUCGUCCUUGGAGGGGAGCAGCCUUGGAAACCAAGCCGUGGAGUUCAUGAAAAGACUUGGUGUCCAACAUACUUUUUUUGAAAGCCCUAUCCCCCACGUGAUCAAAUGGCGCCGCAAGCUCAAUGCUACAUACAAUGAAGCUUUGGGUUAUUGGGAGCCGUGUCCCUCCUACAUAGCACACGAGAAGCAUAUCCUUUGCUGGCUCCCCGCGCAAGACUUUGUGGAUAUGGUACUUGCAUCCGCCGAAGCAGAGCAAGAGACCCUGGACCUACACGUUCUCAAAGUCCGGAGUGCAUACCCAGAGCACAAACUCAUCUACCUCAUUGAAGGACUGACUGCUUGGAUGCGCAAAAACUCGAAUUCAAGAAAUCGGGCAUACCAGGCGCAAGUCUUAGCUCAGUAUGAACCGGCCGCUACCGAGGCUCCUACUACAGGCCGAGGCCGCGGUAGGAAGAAGAAAAACAAGCCAGAGACUACUCCUCCCGUGGAUGAUGAUACCAUUGAAGAUGCCCUUCUUAGUCUCCAAGUGGCCCACUCCUGCUUGAUUCACCACAGCAAUGUGCCCGCGGAAUCGGCGGAAUGGAUCAAGAAUUUCACCGAGCACAUUUCCACCAUUCCCUACCGUCGCGAGCGAAUCGAAGGCAAUGAUUCUGCCUUCUGUAUGGAUACCGGACAGGUCAAGACUGGCGACGACAAGCUGGACACGUUUGUGAAGAUGCUUGGAGAGGUUAACCGGAUUACCGCAUCAAUGGCCUACGGAAUCACCAACCAGUAUACCAGCGUUACCGACCUAGUCCGCGGGAUGCGGAUACAUGGCCCCACAAUGCUUGAAGACGUUAGGGUAAGUCUUAAGUUCUCGAUCCUCGUUGUUUCGUCGUGGAGUUUUCCAUUCUCGUCAAUGUGCCACCGGCUGAUUGUGAUCCAGAAAUCGGCAAACAAGAACGGUGCCUUGACCGAAGCUCGCAUUGGGCCCGCUGCGAGCAAACGGCUCUAUAAGGUUUUUACAGGCCUUGAUCCUUCAUCAACUGAUAUCUAG